CAACCUUAACUUACAAAAUAAUGUCAACAAUCACCACGAAAAUCGAGAUUCGAGAUUUAAUUUAAUUUUCUUUUUAUAUUUAACUUCUUGUAUUUUAAUGAAGAUAUGUCUCGAGAUAAAAGUGUGUGGUUUGCUGAGGAAAUUCUUCUAGACGCCAAGCUAAUCAAUUUCCAAUUAGAGACCGGAGAAUGGGAUGCCGUGGAGGAAAUGUUGCGCGCUGAGGCGCAGCUAUCCCGAGAUGCCGAGACCGGGAGGUUGCGACCUAAAAAGGCAUCCGAAUAUACUUUACGUCUUAUAGCUGAAGUCCUACAUAUUAUGAGGUUGGAUGUCGAACAAGCCUCAUACAAUCGCAGUACUUUAGCUGUAGCAGAACAAUGCCUUCGUCUCGUACGUUCCUGUGCUGCAGCUGGUACCAAAAUGCAGACAUACAUAUCUAAGGAACUGUCUAUUCUUGACUCCAUGUUUAUUUUAGCAACAGAAUAUCAACAUCCAAGCGUAGACAUGAUAAAUGAGGAAUUACAAAAAAAAUACGAAUCAUGUAUGACCAUUCUGAUACAAAGCUUGGGAAAUCUAGUUGUAAACAAUCCAUUCAACCAAAUAAUGAUUUGGAACAAAUUUGACACUAUAAUCCUUAAUUCAUUAAUCGGACAGAAUGAGAAAAUUGCAUCAGGUGCUGCAAUGAUAAUCUACAAUAUAUUGUUGGGGCAACCAAAUGUUUUGCCUGACGACAUUGCAUUACUCAACUCCUUAGCAUACAUGUAUAUAAAUGGUAACUCAGAAUACCCACAUUUAAUAAUUGAAUAUUUGAUUGGUGUUGAAAAUACAUAUAUUGAAAAAUUGUAUUCAAAACUGGAUCCGGAGUGUCGUAUGCUGGUAUUAAACUUGGCGUACAAUAUUCUAAUGUCAACAGAGACACAGGAUAUUAAUGUGUCAGUAAACUUUGUCAAGUUCAUGGCUCAUGAGUUUAAGAGUAAAUCCGAUUGUAUAUUGAAGACUGUAGAUAAAUAUGUGAAUACUAUAGAGCCCCAGGAAGUGGUGUUUCUUUUGGAGAUCAUAGCUACAGCUUCUAGUAUGGAUGCUUAUAUGGACUGUUUGCAGAGCGAUACAUCUUUGUUUAUCAAUUGUGCUUUUCUUUUGCGAGCGAUUCACAAGCUAGGGAAGGAAAGCAACAACUUUUUCUCAUCCAUCAAUAAGCUGUAUGCAGCAACAGGCAAACAACUGGUCAAUGAUGAGGACAUGCCAGCUGUCAAUACACCACAUGAGAAUCCGCUUUGCAAAAACGAUUCUGCCGAUAACAUGCUGUCUUGUAAUGAAACAACUUCCGAAUGUACCGAAUCUGAAAGCAGCGAACAAUAUUUCGAAUGCAACGAUAACUCACCCUACAUAGACAAACUAGACAACUUUAACCCGCUAGAAAACAUACCUUUAAAAUUCGACAUGCACGAUAAGAGUGUGCGAAGCUCUUCAGAAGGGAAUUCAAACGUCAAAAUUGACAAUGAGUUAACCAAAGUUGCGUUUAAAAGAAGCAGUUCGGUUCCUAAAGGGGAUGACCGAAUACAAUUACCAACUAGAAGGAUCAGUCUAGAACAUAAAAUCGAUAUAGGGGACGAUAACGAACCUCCCUUGAUAAUCGAUGCUCAAUCACCAACGGCCAGUAUGAAUACGAUUGCCGAAGUCAUUCCUGUGGGUUUACAACCAAGAUUGGAGUUACAGGAUUCUAGUAGGACAGACUCCCAAGACAGCUCACCCGAUCCGCCCACGGAAAUUCAUUUACCCAAAGCUGAGCCUUCAAAAGAAGUGAAAACAUCUCCGAGCGAAAUUUCGCCACCUUUAGCUGAACUGCAACAGGAAACAGAGUCUCAAAAACAAUCUCCAGAUACUCCAAAGGAAGUUAAGAAAAGUCAAAACUUAUCAACAGAUUUUGAUUUGAGUGAACAGUUGCAAAAAAUUUUGGGAAUAUCUUCGGAAAAGACGCGGGUCGAAAGCAGUAAUGUUGAGAAGAAAGCUGAGCCGGUCAAAGAAGUUAAGAUAUUGGAAGAAAAUGUGACGAAUAAAGUACCCUUCGUGAAGAUUGAUUCUCCUGAAAGUCAAAAGUCCAGGCUAGGGGCAAUAGACAUGUCAACACCCAAAACAACAAUGACGAGUGUGGAGACAGUAGAGCGACAUGUAGCGUUUGGGUUUAAGGGUUCCCUUGUAAGGACUCUGGCUAACUUGUGUUGGAAGAAUCAGGAGAAUAAAAGACAGAUGCGGGAAUUGGAAGUUAUUCCGGUGUUAUUGGACUGCUGCAAUAUCGACGCCCGCAAUCCAUUGAUAAUGCAAUGGGUGAUCUUUGCUGUGAGGAACCUGUGUGAAAACUGUCCAGAAAAUCAGGAGGUAAUCUCAAGAAUGACCCUACAAGGGCCCAUAGACAACGAAGUAUUACAAGAGAUGGGCCUGACGCUUCACACCGAUACACAAGGAAACUCCAUAAGAGUGGUGCCAUUGCCGAGAAAUUAAAAUAAAAAAAUCUUCGCGGCCCCGGUAAAAAUAAAAGUUAUUUUGCUCAAAAGGCUAGAAACUAAUGGUGUAUAACCAGUUAUUGUUCGUUCUUUUUAAAUUAAACAUUAGACGUUGGUUUCAGCCUCGGACAUUCUUAAGCAAAAUAUAAUAUGAAAUGUACGUGAUAAUGCACA